AUGGUAGUUUCUGUCAUGAAAUUCAUUCCUAAACUUGAAGAUACUACGAUAUUGCUAUUCCAAAUAGUGAAGACUGCUGAAUUAUUAGAGAAUAAACCAAAGAAGACUUUAGAAGAGAUGCACUCUUUAGACUAG